AAAGAGAAACCUUCCGCCAUGACCUUACUACCUUCCUCGCCCUAACUCAUCUCUCCAUCUCCUCCGUCCGUUUCCACAGCGCGAAAGAUCCCAUCCCUUCAUCACCUCACCUCCUCCUAAACCCCUCACUCUCUCUCCUCUUCCCUCCCUUUUAUCUCUCUCUCUUCGCCCUGAAACUCCGCUGAAAGAGAGGGAGAGGGUUCACUGAACAGGAGAGUGAGUGACCCAUUCCGCAAGUUAAGGAGAGAGAAACCCAUUUGUGAUCUUCCUAGAGAGAGAGACCAUUCCGCACGUUUAUGAGAGAGAAACCCAUUCUGCAAGCUUCAUAGAGAGAGAGAGAACCCAUUAUUCACUAGCCUUGGACCCUACGCUUCCUCACUGUAGUAGUAAUAUCUUAAAAGAGAGAGGGGGUUGAUGGGGGACGACGUCGUAGAAGAAACAGCAAAAAGUGUUGCAGAGGUUUCGAUGGAAUCAAACCCUAAGGUUCCCACCCUUUCGUCUGACUCUAAGAGCAAAAGUGCUCUGAAAAGAGAGGCGAAGAUGAAGCAGAAGGAAGAGGAAAGACGUCUCAAAGAAGAGGAGAAGAAGAAGAAGGCUGCAGCCUCAGUUAACUCACAGGCACAGCGGUCCCAAGCAGCUGAUGAUGAAGAAAUGGACCCAACGCAAUAUUAUGAGAAUAGGCUGAAAGGUCUAGCAGAUGUCAAAUCUCAUGGUCACAACCCCUAUCCUCAUAAGUUCCAUGUGUCCAUGUCAAUUGCUGAAUUUCAUGAGAAAUAUGGAAGCUUGAGCAAUGGCGAGCAUCUUGAGAAUGAUGAGGUCUCAUUGGGUGGGAGGAUUAUGAAUAAGAGGACUUCCUCUUCGAAGUUGUUUUUCUAUGAUCUUUUUGAAGGUGGAGUUAAAGUUCAAGUCAUGGCUGAUGCAAGGCAUGCAAAUGUGAAAGAAGCUGAGUUUGACUUUGCCAAAUUCCACUCAGGAGUGAAACGUGGGGACAUUGUUGGUAUCAUUGGGUUUCCAGGUAAAAGUCAACGAGGUGAGCUCAGUAUAUUUCCGAGAUCUUUCGAGGUUCUCUCUUCGUGUCUCCAUAUGAUGCCAAGGCAAAAGGCUGGUCCUGCCAAAGAUAAUACUCAUCCAAUGAAGAAUGAAGAGAAGACUUCAGCUGGCGUAUGGAUUCCGGGGAAAGCCAGGAAUCCUGAAAUAUAUAUUCUGAAAGAUCAGGAAACUCGAUAUCGGCAACGGUACUUGGAUCUUAUGUUGAAUACAGAGGUUAGACAUAUAUUCAAGACACGGUCAAAGAUUAUUUCCUAUGUUCGAGACUUCCUUGACAAACGUGACUUUCUGGAGGUGGAAACCCCCAUGAUGAACAUGAUUGCUGGUGGGGCUACUGCUAAGCCAUUUGUAACUUAUCAUAAUGAUUUGAACAUGAAGUUAUAUAUGAGAAUUGCUCCUGAGUUGUAUCUAAAACAGUUAGUUGUUGGUGGGCUUGAUCGUGUCUAUGAGAUUGGGAAACAAUUUAGGAACGAGGGCAUUGAUUUAACUCAUAAUCCAGAAUUCACUACUUGUGAGUUUUAUAUGGCUUUUGCUGAUUACAAUGAUCUUAUGGACCUCACCGAGCAAAUGUUAUCAGGUAUGGUCAGAGAGCUGACAGGUGGCUACAAAAUUCAGUACCAUGCAAAUGGUGUUGAGCAUGAGCCUAUAGAGAUUGAUUUCACUCCUCCUUUCAGGAGGUUUGAUAUGAUAGAAGAGUUGGAAAAGUUGGCCAACCUGGAGAUUCCAAAGGACCUUGCCAGUGAAGAGGCAAAUAGGUAUUUGUUGGAAGCAUGUAUAAAGCAUGAUGUCAAAUGUCCUCCUCCACAAACAACAGCUCGAUUGCUGGACAAGCUUGUUGGGCAUUUCGUGGAGGAAAAAUGUGUCAACCCAACAUUCAUUAUCAAUCAUCCAGAGAUAAUGAGCCCAUUGGCUAAGUGGCACAGAUCAAAAAUAGGCUUGACAGAGCGUUUUGAAUUGUUCGUUAACAAGCAUGAGGUGUGCAAUGCCUAUACCGAAUUGAAUGAUCCUGUGGUACAAAGAGAGCGUUUUUCUGCUCAGCUUAAGGAUCGACAAUCAGGUGAUGACGAAGCUAUGGCUUUGGAUGAAACAUUUUGUACUGCUUUGGAAUAUGGGUUGCCCCCAACUGCAGGAUGGGGAAUGGGGAUGGAUCGUCUUGCCAUGUUACUCACAGAUUCUCAGAAUAUAAAGGAAGUUCUACUCUUCCCAGCCAUGAAGCCUCAGGAAGACAUAUCCACUAAAGCAUGAUGUUAUUGCAUAUAUUUGAAGCGGGGAUUAUAUCUGGAGCCUUCUUGUGACGUGGAAGAAGGCCAACAAUGGACUUAGUUGUUCUGUAACACCACUAGAAGAGAUGGGGGAUUUUGCUACCUCCAUUCACUCAUCUGAUCAUUGCUUUUUUCUUCUCUGGCUUCCAUUUCUGUACUGCGUUUUGAGUGUUAUUGAAUGGCCUUGGCUGGUUUUCAUGAGACAACUAUAUAUAUUUGUGGGGUACUUAUGUCCCACUUGGGUUAUAAUUCUUGUGAGGCAAAGGAGUUUGAAAUAUGAAUGCAUAGAUUACUCUAAGACAGGUCCAGUAAUUACAUUUCUGUUUUGUUGGCAAUUGA